UGCUGACGUCAUCAACAAAGGCUCGGCAACAGCCGCGUCACAGCUUCGUUGAAAGAAGGCGACGGGCUUCAUUGAUUAGGGCUGAAAUUCUCCUCAUACCAAAUCUGCGAAAAAUAUUUGACACAUAGUGAACUGCACAGCUAAUACGCAUCUACUGUAACUCAUUCAAAACUGCACUCGGACGACGGCGAGCUGGCGCAGGUAGCAGGGUGCCCGUGGACCAUGAGGGACAGCGGGGCAAGCUUGGCUCCAAACCGCUGGCAGGGAGAGCUCUCUUUGACUGUGAGCCAUGAGGGCAGUGGCGGUGGUAUGGCAGGAGGACACCUCUUGGGCCCCGAUUCUCCUCCUAAUGCCCAAAGUGCUAUGGACUUCAAAGUGGGCCACAAGGAGAGGGGGUGGACUGGAGAAUACAUAGAGACUGAUGAGAUGGAUGAAGAAGAUGGAUUUGAUGAAGAGGAAGAGGAGGAGGAAUUAGAAGAGGACCAGGUGGACGAAGGUGAGGAGAUCAGUUCUGAAUGUGCUCCAGUAGAAGACGAGGAGGAGGGAAUGGGGGACUGGCAUGACCUACACGAAUCGUUGCCACAAAUGGCACAUUACUACCAGAACUUUUCACCUUCAAAUAAAGAGCAAGACAAACCUGAAGCCAGGGAUGUCUCUGAGAGACCCCUCUGGGCUCGGCUUCAUGGCCUCAGGCAGCAGAGGCUGAAGCGGUGGAGGAGGCUCCGGGCCUCGACACGGCUGCGUUUCCGGCUUGCUCAGAACUGGAAAACAUGGCGGCAACGGGCACAGUGGGUUGGCACACUUGGGUACAGACGGGCAAGGCGGUGGCGUCAGUAUAAUCUUUAUCCAAGCAGGCAGAGGCGGGACCAGGUGUCGAACAGCUCGAGAGUAACAGCACAGACUGCAAAUGAAAGUGAGACAGCUUCAUUUAGUGAUUUGAAUGGGUAUCACGGCAUUUCCCAGUCCUGCUCAGCUGUCAGUGCUGGAAACAGCGAAAGGCAAGAUUUCCCCUCAGUUUCCAUGCCAAGAGUGGAGAUGGCCCUCACAAAAGAGCAUGUGUCCUGUGUCCAAGGCAUUUUGGAUGAGUCUCUCCAUAAAUAUGGCAGUCUGAUACCCAUACAUACUGAUGAUAUUGUGGAACAACUGCAGGAGAUUUUCAGUGAGAGCUUCUCUCAAGCUUACAGGAAAGCAGAGGUGCACCAGAUAAUCCAGUCCUACCAGAGGUCCCCAGGUACAAGCAUGGUGCGAGGGUUCAGUGUUAACUACAAGCGCCAUGUUCUCACAAUGGAUGAUCUCAGCACUCUAUAUGGACAAAACUGGCUCAAUGACCAAGUUAUGAACAUGUAUGGAGACCUUGUAAUGGAUUCAGUGCCUGACAAGGUCCAUUUCUUCAACAGCUUCUUUUAUGAUAAGCUGCGAACUAAAGGUUAUGAAGGAGUUAAACGGUGGACAAAAAAUGUUGACAUCUUCAGUAAGGAUCUUCUCUUGAUUCCCAUUCACCUGGAAGUGCAUUGGUCACUUGUAUCAGUGGACAUCAAACAGCGUUUCAUCACUUACUUUGACUCCCAGCGAACCCUUAACCGACGGUGUCCCAAGCAUAUUUUUAAGUACCUCCAGGCAGAAGCUAUUAUAAAACAGCAGAGAGAUUUUCUCACUGGGUGGAGAGGCUUUUUCAAAAUGAAUGUAGGAAGGCAGAAUAAUGACAGCGACUGUGGGGCGUUUGUCCUUCAGUACUGUAAGUGUCUGGCGUUGGGGCAGCCUUUCAGCUUCAGUCAGCAGGAUAUGCCUAAACUGAGAAGACUCAUGUACAAAGAGCUCUGUCACUGCAAGCUGUCACUGUGAUAACUGUUUAAGGGUUGUGCAGCAAGAGGUGGGGGGAAGAAACAGCUGGAAACCUUCACCUUCCCAGAAGGCAGAGAGAGACUAUAAAACAGGAUAUCACAUUGUCAGACCCACUUUUUAAAAUAUUUUUUGUUUUGUAUCAGUGUUAUUUUUUUCUUGUGGUUGUCAGAGGCCAGGCUUUUUUUUCUAAUGGCUACCUUUUUGAGAUUUGACAUCUUGGUGACAGCCUUUUUGGACUCUUGUAAAAGGCUUCAUCAGUGGGGUAGAAUGCCUUCUUGGAUUUUUCUCACCAUCUGUAAAUGUCUAAUGAGACUUUUUAUUAAUUGUUAAAAAGAGUGUUAUGUUACUCAAAUGUGCAAGUAUAAUCAUGUUCCUUUUUUUUUUUUUCAAUAAAUCAUGUCCUGUGUAAAAUGACGGAUGGGCCUGAUCUGAUCACUAUUGACUGUAUAUUGUCAUUCUGUCAGUUUUUGUGUAUUUGUAUGGAAGUGUGUGGAAAAUAUGCAGUUUGUUUACUGCUUUCUGAUUAAGCUAUAGCUCCUUUCUCUUUAUGUGAUUUGUUUUGGACCACUUGUGGAGAUCUCUCAGAAGACAUAAUUAGAUUAAAUCGAGACAUUUUUAAGAGUGAAAAGACACAGUCUAUUAUGUCUGUAUCCUCCUGUAUUUCUGUGUAAAGUGUUCACACCACUGUGACAAUCAUCAUUUUAUGUAUGGUGUUUUGUGUGUUCACUGGAAUGUCAUAUUAUAUUUAAUAUAGUGGUUUGCUAUUUUACCAUUUACAUUAGUACAGAGGUUUGUAAAUUGUACACAAUUUUAAAAGAUGAUCAAAUUUCUUGAACACAGGCCUUACCUUUCUGGUUAGUAUUAAACUCUGACAGUACAAAAUAGUCCAACUGCC